AUUGAGGUCAACGAAAAUAUGAGAACGAUAGCUGAGUGACGGAGUCAGAAGGUGAAAAGGCCAGCUCGCCUUGUCAUCGUCCUCGUCUCUCUCUCUCUCUCCUUGCGAGCCUACAGUUAAAUACUCUGAAAGUACUCUCCGCCCAGAUGAAAUACACUCCUGCUGCAAAAGCCAGCUUAAACAACAAGAAACAAAAGCUUUUGCCUUGACAGAAACCAGUUGCCCAAUUAAACUCCAUGUCCCAAGCCUCAGCUCCCCUUUGUGUCUGGAUUCUAUCCAGUGGGAUUUUGUGUUGCAGAAGUAAGAAUACGGGUUUGAUCGAGCACGGAAUGCUGAACGAGAGGGUGAUGGAAGAUCCUCGUUCUGUCAAUAGUCCAAGAAGGGUCCUCAGUCUCUCUAGGAAAAGGAAGGGAACCCUGUCCUUUCCAGAGCCUGAUGACAAGGAUUCUGGGUUUGGCCCGUCUGGAGAGCAUGGUCCAAAGCCUUCUGAAGUAUAUGGCUUUGUUGGCUCCAUAUCAACUGUUGUUGCUACAGUUAUUUUCUUGGUAUGGGCAUAUGUUCCUGAGCCUUGGUUACACACUAUUGGGAUCUUUUAUUAUCCGAGCAAGUAUUGGGCACUGGCAGUACCAACUUAUGCAAUGGUUACCAUAGUGUUAGCCAUUGGAUUCUACAUUGGCCUCAACUUCAUGGCAACCCCUCCUCCAACUUCCUUGAACACAAUCUUUGAUGAAUAUAGUAGAGAACCUUUGAGCUUUGAGCCAUCAGCGGAAGGCGAUGAGCAGCCAAUUGAGCCCAUAUCUGAUAUUGGCAUCAACCAAAUAAACGAUCUCAUGUUCAAUGAUCAGAAGUGACAAUCCACCCUUAGAUGUACCCAUGACGCCCCAGUAUCGUAUUAUUCCCCAUGGGAAUGCGGUCGUGAUAUUGAAGAACUGAGUUUCUCCUGAUCGAGAACUGUUCAAAGUGAGAGAAAACAAUUAAAGUACAUUGUAUGCGAUUAGCUUGGGAUUAUAUUGCACUUGGAGAUCAAUGGAAGUAUAGAUGAUUGCAGUGGCCAUCACACUGUCAAAUCCCGUGCAAUUUAUUGGUGGCAGUGCCUUUUUGUUAUAAUCUGCUUUUCUUUUUCUUUUUUUCUUUUUUUGUAGCUUCUCAGUCGUCUUGCUCGCUCUUCUUGUGAUAGCUGAUAGCCUGAUACCGCCUUUUGAUGUACUGUGCAAUUGAAUUUCUAAUUUUGUGGCGAA